AUGGCUUCAGCUGGUGUAGCCCCUUCUGGGUACAAGAACAGCAGCAGCACCAGCAUUGGUGUGGUGAAGUUGCAAGAUCAGAUGAACGAGAUAAAGAUUAGAGAUGAUAAGGAAGUUGAAGCAACCAUAAUUAAUGGGAAAGGGACUGAAACUGGGCACAUAAUUGUCACCACUACUGGUGGCAAGAAUGGUCAACCAAAACAGACAGUGAGCUACAUGGCUGAGCGCAUUGUAGGUCAAGGUUCUUUUGGGAUUGUCUUCCAGGCUAAGUGUCUGGAGACGGGUGAGACUGUUGCCAUAAAGAAGGUUCUUCAGGAUAAGCGUUACAAGAACCGUGAGCUGCAGACCAUGCGCCUUCUUGACCACCCUAAUGUUGUUGCUUUGAAGCAUUGCUUCUUUUCAACAACUGAGAAGGAUGAGCUUUAUCUAAACUUGGUCCUUGAGUAUGUGCCGGAGACAGUUCAUCGAGUUGUGAAGCAUCACAACAAGAUGAACCAACGUAUGCCACUUAUUUAUGUGAAGCUGUAUAUGUACCAGAUAUGUAGGGCAUUGGCUUACAUUCAUGGUACUAUUGGUGUCUGCCACAGAGAUAUUAAGCCACAGAAUCUUCUGGUGAACCCACACACCCACCAGCUUAAACUAUGUGACUUUGGUAGUGCAAAAGUUCUGGUCAAGGGGGAACCAAACAUAUCGUACAUCUGCUCCCGGUACUAUAGGGCUCCAGAGCUCAUAUUUGGUGCUACUGAGUAUACCACAGCGAUUGACAUUUGGUCUGCUGGAUGUGUUCUUGCUGAGCUUAUGCUAGGGCAGCCUUUGUUUCCGGGUGAAAGUGGUGUGGACCAACUUGUAGAAAUCAUCAAGGUCCUUGGUACUCCAACAAGGGAGGAAAUUAAAUGCAUGAACCCGAAUUACACAGAGUUUAAGUUCCCACAAAUCAAAGCACACCCAUGGCACAAGGUAUUCCACAAAAGGAUGCCGCCAGAAGCUGUUGAUCUGGUCUCUCGGCUACUCCAGUACUCCCCAAAUCUGAGAUGCACUGCUGUGGAGGCACUUGUUCACCCAUUCUUUGAUGAGCUUCGGGAUCCUAAUACCCGCCUUCCAAAUGGCCGCUUUUUGCCACCCCUUUUCAAUUUCAAGGCUCACGAAUUGAAAGGAGUCCCAGCAGACAUUGUUGCAAAAUUGAUUCCAGAACAUGCAAAGAAGCAAUGCUCCUAUGUUGGAUUGUGA